GCUGUACCUGGUGAUUAACUCCCAAGCGGAGGAGUGGAGCUCAUGCUGAGUCCUGAAGGAACCUGUUGGGAGGAGCUGAGGAGUGCAAGAGGGCCAGAAAAGACCUGGAGUCAGACAGAGGGCUAAUCCAGCUGGAAAGGCACUUCUUAGCAUCAACAGCUCUGGUCAUGUUCAACUACCUAGCAGUAGAGGUGAGACCCCAGUUCCACCGCAGCUAUGGGGGCCAGCAGGGGGUGUCUGGGCCACUGAAGAGCCGCCUAGAGCAGCUGAAGAAGCCGUGGUGGAGGGAGCCCACCCCACUGGUGCUCCAGCACAGUGAAACAGCCAGGCUUGCCAUAGACGCCUUUCUUGAGCAGGGGGAACGCGGCUAUCUGAGUGCCAUCGCUGAGGAACGGGAGCUGCCUUUUCUUUCCAUCCUGGACAUGGAAUAUAUGAGCCAUCAGAGAAACCAAAGCUUUCCAGAUGCCAGUGCAACGAAAGACAAAGAGGCUGACCCUGGUGAUGCGGACGCUGGAGACAGGUCCUCCCUGAACUCUGAAUUAACAUCUGGCACCUACUUUCCACUCAUGUCUGAUGUGCACCCUCCAGAGCUGGAGCUGGGGUGGCCAGGGACACCACUUCUCACAGUGUCUGGCCAGACUCAAGCCACUGUGAUUUUCCAAAGAAAUAAAGCUAACAGCAUUAAGGAUUUGCUCCGGUCUCUGAUCAGCCGGGCACGGAUGGUGAUAGCAAUUGUGAUGGAUCUGUUUACAGACAUGGAAAUACUGUGUGACCUGCUGGAGGCCUCAAGCAGACGGCACGUCCCUGUUUAUCUGAUCCUGGAUGAAGAGUACUUGAAGCAUUUUGUGGAAAUGUGUAAUAAAAUGGCUCUUACUCAGGACAACUUCCCAAACAUGCGCAUAAGAUAUCUGAGUGGAGACACAUACUACAGCAAAGCGGGCAAGAAAUUUGCAGGCCAGGUUCUGGAGAAGUUUAUCCUGAUUGAUUGCGACCAAGUUCUUGCUGGUACAUACAGUUUCACCUGGCUUUGCAGCCAAGUCCACACCAGCCUGGUGACCCACUUCCGUGGUCAAAUUGUUGCGGAGUUUGAUAAGGAAUUCCGGUACUUGUAUGCAGAGUCCAGAGCAGUGACCAACUUCUGUGUGCCAGAUCCUGGAAUCAGAUCUUCUCAGAACGCCUCAAAAGUUGCCAACAACCUUUUAAAACCUGCACAGGUGAAUGAUGCUGAAACCUUGAGCCCUUCCAGCAGCCUUUCCAAUGUAAGCAUCAGAAGCAUAAAAGUGUCUCCCUUUUUGAAAAACUCCAGCUGCAAUGUACACCAGGAAAAGCAAGAUUCAAGCUCUGAUUCUUGUAAUAAGAAGGGGAAGGAAGACACAUCUCUGAAGCCCACUUGCCCUAAGCAGCAAGGAGAACCACCGGACUCACCAAACAGUCCUCCGAAUAAAUCCACCCCAGCCUUGUAUCACAAAUCAAAUCUCAUGACAGCAAGGACAUUCUUGCAGCCAGAGCCUUCCCCUGCCCUGAGCUCCAAUAAAACUAGUUAUCAAGGGGACACUAAGGCUAACAGCAGCCACUGCUCCCCACUGAGACAGGAGCAGACAUUGCAGUCCCUUUCGGAGAGUGCCAGUAGCAAUGGGACAAGCAUGAAGGAGAAAGGGCCUGCUGCUGCCGCCAGGGAACCAACAGCAGAAAAUGACAACACUUUUUAUGGGAUGGAAAAACAACAGAGUCCCGGACAAGGAAAGUUGGACCUGCUAUCCCCAUACAACCAGCUCAAACGAGAGAAAAAGCCUGUAGUAGUUCCUUGCUAUGAUAAACUCACUGAGGACAUGCUGGUAGAAAAGCACGGCGCGUAUGGGGCUGAGAAAAGAAUGACUCUUGGGCACAGUAAGCUGGAUCUGAUCACCAAGUACAACAAGUUAAAAUCUAAACAUAUACACAGUCGGUUUGAACUCUAACCUGGGCCUCAAGGUCUCCUUUGGUCUUAUUUUCAAGUGGUUGCUUUUCCCCACCAAUCAUCAUAUCUGGGGCUUGAAAUCAAAACAUGGGAGGCAAAUUAGUCUUGUUCCUAUUAAAAGGUGUCUGUGCUGUUUCUAAUAUACGCAGAUGACUGAUUCGGAUGAGAUUAGCAAGUACAGUUCAAAUUUUCAAUUACAAGAUCAUGUCAGGAGAGAGAAAAUGACAUAAACAUAAUCCGCACUUCUAUGUUCUUUUUACUUCUUUGGGAAAGAACCAUUUCCACCCAAAACUUACAGCAAAGCCAUUGCUACAGCUGGAAACUCUUUGGCCACUGAGGUCUUCAGGGUGAACCCAGGUUCCGUUUGUACUGUGUGAUUCCUCUCCGUGUAUUGAUGUGCUGAAAAUGAAAUGGUCAAGGGCAG